UUGAAUAUGAAACUUGAGUCUUUGAGCCUUCUGUCAAUAUCACGUGACCCUCAUAGCAACCAUCAUAUUGGAAGACAAACUGCAGAGCGGUGAUCUUCACAUUUGCCAUAGUGAAACGGGUCGACGAAUUCGACGAACAACAACUAGUCUGUAGAGUGUCUGGAGAUGAUUCAGCUAAAGAGCUUACUGAAAGUUAUCGAUAACUCGGGCGCCCUGUUGGUUGAAUGCAUUAACGUACUUGGAGGUGCAAGGCACGCUUCUUUGGGGGAUGAGAUUGUUUGCGUCGUAAAGAAGGCGCGGCCAUUGAAUGUCGAGACGGGACCGAGCACCGCUCAAGCGGCCGUGAGCAAGCUGAAAAAGGGAGACGUGGCCAGAGCGCUGGUGGUACGAACUCGAAAAGAAGUCCGCCGAUUAGAUGGGUCAUAUGUGCGCUUUGAUGACAAUGCGGUCGUCAUGCUGAACAAGCAGGGGCAGCCAUUGGGGAAUAGAGUGCUAGGGGCAGUUGCAAACGAGUGCAGACAGAAGCGAUGGACAAAGAUCAUAUCGAUGGCACCAAAAGUUGUAUAGGCCGCUGUUGAAACCUUCAUCAAUUAUAAUACCGUUCCUAGUCUCCCAUCGUGACACUGCUC